AUGUCCCCUAACCGCCUGAUCCACCCCGCCACCGCCCGCCGCCGCAGGUUCGAGAUCAUGGAUGGCAGCCCGGUCCGCAAUGAGACCAUCCCGGUCCGGCUGUUCCUCAACAGCUACCGCCUGACCCCCACCUACCACGACACCGACAAGCAGUUUAGCGUCCGCUACUUCCUGAACCUGGUGCUUCUGGACCAGGAGGAGCGCCGCUACUUCAAGCAGCAGGAGAUCACCCUCUGGCGCUCCCUGCCUCAGGAUGCCGUCGUGCCGGAGGCCACCCGGUUGGCGGCCACCAACCACUAUCUGGCCCCCUCUGGCUCGUCCUAA